AUGCAAACACGCCUUCUAUCGCUGCUGCUGGUCAGCAUUGCAUUCGCCCUCCCGCAAGAUACUAGCAACUGCGUGACCGUCACCCACGAGGUCAUCGUGCCCACUUCCACUCACACCUACACAUCCACCCAUGUGACGACAAUCCACGCCACCACCGCCGACGAUCUGGGCACGUUUACGCUGGUCACGACGGAAAGCUCGACCAAGACGCUGAUGACGCUCACGACGACGAGUGCCGUUUGUACGGCGUAUGGGACCAUCAUCAACCGGGAUCUUACCCGGACCGUCUACACCACUGCUGGAAGCCACACAACAGACCCUCUCCCAACUGCCUCACCCGAUCCAACAUCAGACACAUGUACUGAAGUUCUCACCCCAACCAUCCAACCCACCGCACGCCCCCUAGGCCUCCAUCCUCGCCAAACCAACUUCGCCUGCACCGUAACCACCACCUGGACAACAACCUACGGCUUCACCUUCACCUUCGUCGCCGUCCCUAACCAAACCACCACAUUCACAGACUACACCGCCUUCACCCUCGCCACCACCACUCUCACCGUCCCGGGCGGAACAGCCUACACCAUCGCCACCGCAACCGCCACAACGACCCCAUCUCUCUGCGGGUCCGCCACCGUCAACGCCUCAACUCCAACAACAACAACAAUUACAACCCACGACGUCCGUUGCGCCCCGACCGCUUUGACGAGCGCCUACAACGGCUACGGGUUGGAAUACAUCGCCGACACUCCAACCGGUGGCGCACAUUUCACAACCAAUACCACCGACGGCUCGACUUGCUGUCAACUCUGCGCGGAAGCUUCGUGUAUGUAA